AUGAGCUACGACCACUAUGGCCGGGGCAGGCAGGGCAGCGGCCAAGGACAUUCCAACGAUGACCCUCUGCGGUACCAGGGCCCGUACGGCGACGCAGCCGGCUACGGCAGCCGGAGCAAUCAGCACUUUGGCGGUGGCGCCGGCGGCCGUCUCGGCGCAGAGACCGAGAACCCCUUCUACGGGGGCGAGAACCCCAGCUUCAUGAGCGUCAAUGCUCCCACCUCUGAGACGCACGCUCAAUAUUCUUAUGACGACGAGAUGAAGAUCCCGCUCACCGACGCAGACGAAAAGUCGACCUACCCGGCGGGCUCGAAUAGCUACGACAUGCCGCCUCCCAGCUCGUUCCCGAUGCCGCACGCACCCUACCGGCACGGCACGCCGCUCGACUCGGAGUUGGGUCCAGAGGAUAGCGCGAGCCAGGUGGCAUGGGCCAAGAGACAACAGGCGCCCAAGCGAGGGCUGACCAAGAAGGUCAAGCUGACGCGCGGCCACUGGAUCAUUGACCACCCCGUGCCCACGGCCGUCAAGAACUCGGUCGAGCCAAAGUGGGCGCAGGGAUCCCGCACCACCGAGUUCACCCAUAUGCGUUACACGGCGGCCACCUGCGAUCCGGAUGAGUUUACCACCGAGAACGGAUGGAGCCUCCGCACCUCGAGCAUGUAUGGACGCGACACGGAGCUGCUCAUCGCCAUCACCUACUACAAUGAGGACCGUAUCCUACUUGCCAGGACGCUCCACGGCGUGAUGCUCAACAUCCGCGACAUCUGCAAGAGCAAGGCGUCCAAGUUCUGGCGCCGCAGCGCCGAAGAGGGCCGGCCAGGCUGGCAGCGGAUCGUCGUCAGCCUCAUUUUUGACGGCAUCGAUCCAUGCGACAAGGAGGUGCUCGACCUGCUCGCCACCGUCGGCGUCUACCAGGACGGCGUCAUGAAGAAAAAGGUCGACGGCAAGGAGACGGUGGCGCACCUGUUCGAGUACACGACUCAGCUCUCGGUCGAUCCGACGCCGGCGCUGAUCCAACCGCAUGGCGACGACGUCUCGAACCUGGUGCCCGUCCAGAUGAUUUUCUGCCUCAAGCAGAAGAACAGCAAGAAGAUCAACAGCCACCGCUGGCUCUUCAACGCGCUCGGCAAGCACCUCCAGCCAGAAAUCUGCGUGCUGAUCGACGCCGGCACCAAACCGGGCCACAAGUCGCUCUACUACCUCUGGGAGGCCUUCUACAACAACGCCAACCUCGGAGGCGCGUGCGGCGAGAUCCACGCCAUGAUCAAGAACGGCCGCAAGCUCGUCAACCCGCUCGUGGCCGCCCAGAAUUUCGAGUACAAGAUGUCCAACAUCCUCGACAAGCCACUCGAGUCGACGUUCGGCUACGUCAGCGUCCUGCCCGGAGCGUUCAGCGCGUACCGCUACCGCUCCAUCCAGGGCAGGCCCCUGCAGCAGUAUUUCCACGGAGACCAUACGAUGGCGGAUCGACUUGGCAAAAAGGGCCUUCACGGCAUGGACAUCUUCACGAAGAAUAUGUUUUUGGCCGAGGACCGAAUCCUGUGCUUCGAGCUGGUCGCCAAGGCGGGGGACAGGUGGACGCUGACCUACGUCAAGCCGAGCAAGGGCGAGACCGACGUGCCCGAGGGAGCGGCCGAGCUCAUCUCGCAGCGGCGCCGGUGGCUCAACGGCUCGUUUGCCGCCUCAAUCUACUCGCUCGUCCACUUUUUCCGCAUCUACAAGAGCAACCACGGCAUCGUGCGGCUCUUCUUCUUUCACCUCCAGGCGCUCUACAACGCCUUCACGCUCCUCUUUUCUUGGUUCGCACUGGCCAACCUCUGGCUGACGUUCUCGAUCAUCAUCGACUUUCUGCCCGACGUCAUCCUCAAGAAUGCCGGCGAGACGCCGCUCGAGAUCUUCCACUGGGUCAACCUGGCGACGAAGUGGAUCUACGUCGCCUUCCUGGUCCUCCAGUUUGUCCUGGCGCUUGGCAACCGGCCCAAGGGCGAAAAGGCGACAUAUCUGGUGUCGUUUUUCGUCUUUGGCCUGCUGGGCCUCUACGUGACGGUGGUGUCGCUCUGGCUGACGAUCAAGGCGCUGGCCGAAGUCAACCUGACGUCGGGCCGGGUGCUCGACAUCAUCUUCAACGAGACGACUUCGGUGCUGAUCGCGGCGCUCGCGGCCACGUUUGGCAUCUACCUGAUCGCGUCGAUCAUGUACGCCGACCCGUGGCACAUGCUGACGAGCUUCCCGCAGUACAUGCUCAUCGCGCCCUCGUUCAUCAACAUCCUCAACGUUUACGCCUUCUGCAACCUGCACGACGUCAGCUGGGGCACCAAGGGUUCGGACAAGGCGGACGCGCUGCCAAGCGUCGACACGAAAAAGGACAAGGCCACCGAGCCGGGCACUGUCGAGGAGAUUGAGCGCCACCAGGACGACAUCGACAACAGCUUCAAGGAGGUUGUGUCGCGCGCCGUAGCACCCUUCCAGCCCGAGACGGUGGUCGAAAAGCCGACGAUGGACGACAGCAACAAGACGUUCCGCACCCGGCUGGUGGCCUUUUGGCUGCUGACCAACGGCGCACUGACAGUGGCCAUUGAAAACGUCAACGGCUACAACAGCGGCCUGUCGGACAAGCAGAUUGACAAACAGCAGAGCGACAAGCAGUCGCUCUACUUCCGCACCAUUCUCUGGGCCACGUUCGGGCUCUCGCUCUUCCGAUUCAUCGGGUGCGUCAUCUACUGGAUCAAGCGCAACACGACGCGAUGCUUCCGCAAGACGUAG